AUGGUACGUUUUUUUGCCGCUGGAUCAGGUCCCCCACUGUAGAUUGUUAUGAAAUUAUCUCGCUUCAGACGGCAAACUCUCACACCUUCCUCAUGGCAGAUCAUGGAAUACAACUCUUCGACGACGAAACGAUGUUUACCGACAAGUUUGAAGCCUUCAAUCCACUACUCGUCUACAUACCUCCUGAUGAACUUCGGCGAAACCCGACAGCAAAAACGCAACUGGAAGAUAACACAAAACAAAUAGUGACCCAUUACGACACCUACACAACUUUUAUCGAUAUUCUAAAGGCAAGUUGCCUUAGAAAAUAUAACAAAAAUCGAAAAUUACCAUUUAUCAUUGGUUUAGUAAGUGGAAUGCUUUCAGCAUGGAACAAUGAUGACCGAGGACUACAACUUCACAGCAGAGAUUCCUACUGCUCUUCGAAAAUUCGAUGGGUCAAGUCUUCUAAGACCCCUAAAACAACCACGAUCCUGCAAAGACCUAAGCAUCGACUUCGAAGGAUGUAUGUACAAGUAUCUCCAACCAGUUCGAGGCCGAAAUGUUGAGAAACUGGGUUGGCGAUUAGCGGAAGCAUCCGUUGAAAAAAUGAAUCUAGUUAAAAACCAAACAUGGGCGAAAAGUUACUGCGUGGAUCUUAUUGUCUGGAAAGAAUUCAUCCCUUAUGUGGAAGAAUAUCGGCCACAGUUCUAUCAAGACCCGAUUUAUCAAGUAACCUUCAAAACCUAUCCCGGCGGAGGACUUUACAUGCCGUUCCUGCAGGUAGAUGUCACGGAUAAUAUAAACUUUUACCGAAAAUUCCGUUUAGGUGUCAGCAAACCAAACAAUAACAGUCCUAUCUACAUGGCUGACCAGGAAAAAUGCUUCCCGAGCACAAACUCAAUGUCUGUUUGA